GUUGAAAAGAUUUAUAUUAAUAUAAAUAAUAUUGAAUGUAUGUUUACAUUUAUUUGUAAUUUAGAACAUACAAAUAAGAAUACAGAGAAAAUAAAAAAAAAGGAAAAAAGAAAAACCAAAAAGAAAUAUGAUAAAGAAAUAUUAUUAUUAAAAAUAAAAAGAUUUAAAACUAUUAUUAUGAAGGAAGAAUUUUGUAAAUAUAAUAAACUGAAUAUAUUUAAUAAAAAUAAUAUAAAUCUUGUAUAUCUAUUUAAAAGUAAAAUAUAUAAUAUAAAUAUAUAUCUAAGAAAUAUAAAACAAAAAAAAAAUGAUUUAUUAUUUUUUACUAAUUAUUUAUUUUUUUUUUGUAAAUUUAUUAUAAUCUUAAAUAAUAUGAAUAAGACACACAAAUUUUUUUUUUUACAAUAUUUUUUGAAGAAGAAGAUAAAAAAUAAGCUCAUUAAAAAAAAAAAAAAAAAAAAAAAAAAAAAAAUCUCAUCAUUUUAUUAUAUACCACAAAUAUAUUAUAAACACAAAAAGAAAUGUAAGUUACUUUUUCAUAUUAUUCAAAAUAUUGAAAAACAUAUAAUUUAUAAAAAAGAAAAAACAGAAAAUUUUGUUUUUAAAACUAAUGACAAUAUACAUUUUAAAAUAAAAUUAAAUAUAAGAUCUUGCAAAAAAUAUUUUAUGAAUGAAGAUAAGAAGAUACAAUCAAGUAUUUAUUUUUUUUUGAAUGAAAGAAAUAUUAUAUCAUUAAUUAAUUUUUAUUAUAAUAUAUUAAUGUUGUUUGGAUAUGGACAUAUUUUAUAUUCUAAAUAUGUAUGCAAGUGUAAUGAUAUGGGUGAAACAUUAAAUGAUACAUGUAGAUAUAAUGAUACAUGUAAACAUCUAUGUAGACACUUAAAUGAAUAUAAAUAUUUACCUAAACCUUUUCCGUGUCAUAUAAAUAAUAUGAGUAAUACAAAUCAUCUCAUCCAUUUUCAAAAUGAUAAUCAUUCUAUUCAUUAUGAUAAUGACUUUAUAUAUGAACCAUCUGAUAUGAAUAAUUUAUUAAUAUAUGAUAUAAUAAAAAAGGAAAAUGUCAUAUUAAGAAGGAUGAAAAAAAAAAAUAAUAAUAAAUAUUUUAUAAAUUUUAUGAAUAAAAUAAGACCAGAUAAAUAUCAAGAUAUAUCGUAUAUAUUAUAUAUUAAUAAAAAAAAAAAGAAAUUAAAAAUAAAUAAGAUGAAAAAGAAGAACAAAAGAAAUAAAGAGAGAUUAAAAAAAUAUCCUUUUUCAUAUAUAAUGAAUACUAAAAAAAAAAAAAAUAAAUAUGUAAUAUCUAAUAAUAAUAUGUUAGAUAAAAUAAUCAAUUCUUUUGAUUCUUUACAAAUAAAAUUAAAAAACAUUUUCUUCUUUUUUUAUACAUCGAACAUGAAUAUGUAUAUAGGAAUAUUUAUAAGAAAUAUUAAAUCAUUAUUAUUAAAUAAACAUAUCUAUAAUAAAAUAAAUUGUCAUCAUUUAAAAUAUAUACAACAAAUUAAUAAAUGUAUUAUAUUUACAAGAGAUAAUUAUUUAAAUCAUGAAAAGAUUCAACUUUCUAUAUUUGAAAUAUUUAAUAAUAAUAAUACGUUGAACGAUAAAAAAAAUAAAUGUAUUUAUUAUUUAUCACCUUUGUUUUUCUUUUUAAAUAAAUAUCAUAAUAAAAAGAAAGGACUUACAAACAAGAUUAGAAAACAUAACACUUAUGAAUAUAAAGAUAACCACA